GCCGUCCGUGUGUCCGCGGGCCGAGAUGGGCGGCGGCGGCAGCACCCGGCGCGUCACCUUCGAGGCGGACGAGAAUGAGAACAUCACCGUGGUCAAGGGCGUGCGGUUGUCCGACAGCGUCAUCGAUCGGAUGAAGGAACCCAGUGGGAGACAGCACCGAGGAUCAGUUCAUGAUGAAGAGCUGAAGAAAAGAAUAGCUGAGGAACUGGCACUGGAACGAGCCAGGAGAGACUCUGAAGCUCAGAAGAGGAGGUUGACCCAAGAGAAGAUGUACGUUCGGGAUGAGUUUGGCAAACUCCUGGAACGGGAGAGGAUCUCCAGCAACGAGCACCUGACCCGAGCCAUCCUCCGCGAGAGAGCGGCCACGGAGGAGGAGAGGCAGAAGGCUCAGCGCUUUGUGAGUCAGCUGGAUCUUUGUUUUACAUCGUAG